AUGGCGGUUCAGGAGUCACUCGUGCGAGCUGGUGAUCUUGUUAUCAUUAUGGCCGCUGAAACACUCCCGCAGCCUUGGGAGAUCGUCUUCCUCGUCGUGUUCUGGGGAUCAUUUACAUGGUACAUGAGCCAGUGGGACGGGGAGCUAGUCAACAAGACGUUCUUCUGGCAGUUCGUCUCGCUCUUCUUCUGGUGUUACAAUCACUUAGGUACGCCCCUUGUUGAGUUCGGGGCUCACGUCUGCGGUGACUUGCGCCUGCUGCCGGCAGCUUCCUUCUUCGGGCUGCUGAUGGCUAUUGGAGGGCUGUACACAGCAGGGGGGCAGCUGAUGGGGGGGAUGGGGAGCUCGAAGAAGAGGAGAUAG